GCCGGUCUCUCGUCGUGUCCUUCCGUGCGGCGCCAUUUGAUCGAUGUCGUUUUCCCGUGGUCACAUGGGGUUUCUCGAUUAAAAUACCUGCGUUCUUGGACGGUCUCGCCAUAUCCAUAGCGCCCGUGUGUGUGCGCGCCCGCGCGCGAGUGGGCGAGGUGUGUCGGCUUAUCUUGGAAUAAUGGCGCGGGGGUGGGCGGCGGUGGUGUUGGAGGUGUUGAUGGUGGUGGUGGUGGCGACAGCGAAGGAGUGCACGAACGUGCCGACGCAGCUGUCGUCGCACACGGUGCGGGCGCGGCUGCAGGCGGCGCCGGGGGCGGCGGAGUGGCGGUGGCGCGAGCUGUUCCACGACCACCUCAACCCCACCGACGAGGCCGCGUGGAUGGACCUCAUGCCACCGCACGGGCUCCGGGCAGGCGCCGCCUCGGCAGCCGCGGGGGAGGAGUUCGACUGGGUGAUGCUCUACCGGUCUCUCAAGGGCCAGGGCGGCGUCUCGGCCUCGGCUGCCUCUGGCAGCGGCGGCGCCGGACCGUUCCUGGAGGAGGUGUCCCUGCACGAGGUGCGUCUGGACGGCGACGACGCGGUGUACGGGCGCGCGCAGCGGACGAACCUCGAGUACCUGCUGCUGCUGGACGUGGACAAGCUGGUCUGGAGCUUCCGGGCGCAGGCGGGGCUACCGGCGCCGGGGACGCCCUACGGCGGCUGGGAAGGCCCCAACGUCGAGCUCCGGGGCCACUUCGUUGGGCACUACCUGAGCGCGACGGCCAAGAUGUGGGCGAGCACGCACAACAGCACGCUCGCCGGCAAGAUGUCGGCGGUGGUGGACGCGCUGCACGAGUGCCAGCGCGCCGCCGGCACGGGCUACCUCUCCGCCUUCCCCGCCGAGUUCUUCGACCGCUUCGAGGCCAUCAAGCCCGUCUGGGCUCCCUACUACACCGUCCACAAGAUCAUGCAGGGCCUCCUCGACCAGCACACGGUGGCCGGCAACGACAAUGCGCUGGAGAUGGUGGUCGCCAUGGCCGACUACUUCGCCGGCCGUGUCAGGAACGUGAUCCAGAAGUACAGCAUCGAGCGGCACUGGACGUCGCUGAACGAGGAGACCGGCGGGAUGAACGACGUGCUCUACCAGCUCUACACCAUCACGAACGAUCAGAGACAUCUGGUGCUCGCCCAUCUUUUCGACAAGCCAUGCUUUCUGGGACUGCUUGCAGUGCAGGCUGACAGUCUUUCGGGUUUCCAUGCCAAUACGCAUAUUCCGGUUGUCAUCGGCGCGCAAAUGAGAUAUGAAGUUACUGGUGAUCCUCUUUACAAGGAAAUUGCUACAUUCUUCAUGGACACAGUGAAUUCUUCUCAUGCCUAUGCAACUGGUGGUACAUCUGUCAGUGAAUUCUGGUCCAAUCCAAAGCGUUUAGCCGAGACCCUGACCACUGAGAACGAGGAGUCCUGCACCACCUACAACAUGCUCAAGGUUUCGCGCCACCUGUUCAGAUGGACAAAGGAGAUUGCGUAUGCGGACUACUACGAGCGAGCGCUGAUAAAUGGCGUCCUGAGCAUCCAGAGAGGAAGGGAUCCUGGAGUGAUGAUCUACAUGCUGCCCCAGGGCCCUGGGAGGUCAAAAGCCGUGAGCUACCAUGGCUGGGGAACACAGUAUAAUUCAUUCUGGUGUUGCUAUGGCACAGGGAUAGAAUCAUUCUCCAAACUGGGGGAUUCCAUCUAUUUUGAGAAGAAAGGUGAAAGACCAGCACUCUAUAUAAUUCAGUUCAUACCGAGCACGUUCAACUGGAGAACUGCAGGCCUCACUGUUACUCAGCAACUGAAUCCCCUCAGCUCGUCAGAUCAGUAUCUUCAGGUCUCACUCUCCAUGUCUGCAAAGACAAACGGUCAAUUUGCGACACUGAAUGUUAGGAUACCGUCAUGGACAUCUACAUAUGGUGCAAAAGCAACUUUGAAUGGCAAAGAUCUAGGAUUUGCAUCUCCCGGGACUUUCCUCACAAUCAGCAAGCAGUGGGGUAGUACUGAUAAAUUGUUGCUCCAGUUACCUAUCAACCUAAGGAUUGAAGCAAUAAAAGAUGAUCGGCCAGAGUAUGCAUCUCUACAAGCGGUCCUGUUCGGGCCGUUCCUCCUCGCUGGCCUCACCACCGGAGACUGGGACGCCAAUACCGGCAACGUCGCCGCCGCAGUCUCCGACUGGAUCACCCCCGUCCUUCCGUCGUCCAACUCCCAGCUGGUGACGCUCACGCAGGAAUUCGGCGGCAAGGCCUUCGUCCUCUCCACCGUGAACGGCUCCCUGACGAUGCAGGAGCGGCCCGAAGGCGGCGGUGGCACCGACGCCGCCGUCCACGCGACGUUCAGAGUCAUUCCCCAGGGCGGCUCCGGCGCUACCAUGAACUCGACGAUCUCUGCGAUGCUCGAGCCGUUUGCCCUGCCGGGGAUGGUGGUCACCGACACCCUCACGGUGUCAGCGGAGAAGAGCCCCAGUGCCCUGUUCACCAUCGUGCCGGGGCUCGACGGCGAUCCCGGCUCGGUCUCCGUGGAGCUCGGGGCCAGGCCGGGGUGCUUCUUGAUCACUCCGGGCGGCAAUGGCUACUCCGCCGGCGCGAAGGUCCAGGUCGGCUGCGGGAGCGCCCGGAAGCACGGCGACGGCGGCGCGGGAUUCCGGCGCGCGGCGAGCUUCACGCGGGCCGAGCCGCUGCGGCGGUACCACCCGAUCAGCUUCGCCGCCAGGGGGGUGAGGAGGAGCUUCCUCCUGGAACCAUUGUUCUCCUUGAGGGACGAGUUCUACACCGUCUUCUUCAACCUCGGAGCUUAACAGGCGACACUGCAGCUCAAGCUUGUUGCAGCCUCUCACCAAGAAAACCAUUUGGUUGGAUCUUUUUCCUUGCUUUGCCUCCACGAGAAUUUAACUGUUUUGUUCAUGCAAAGUCAAUUCUAUUUUACAGGAAUGCAUGGACAGGAGCAGUUCAGAUUCGAUCUAACCCAUGUUGUCCAUUCUAUAUUUCUGUUGUGAACUUGUGAUACGGUGGUGUGAACGAUAGUAUGAUAUUUUGAGAUGAGAGUAACGGAAAAUGCAACGCCGUAUGCUCUUACUUAAGGUCGUUUAUUCUUUCCAUUUAAUACUCAUUGAUAUAUUGAUUUUCUUACUUAUUUUAUAUUUUUUUUA